UUUUUAAAGGUUUUGCGGUUUUAUAGAGAGAAAUGAGAUCGACUGCGCUGCUCGUCAGCUCCGGCCUGUUGAACUUUUGCUGGCUACAAAAGUUACAGCCAAUUGAAUUUUUAUCUUCGCUUCAUUAGCUCUCCUAGUCAGCAUUAGAUACAUUCUGAGUGCAAAUACAUAACAAUUGGAGGAAAAAAGUUGUAAUCGGAAAAGUGAUGUAAGAUUUUUUGUAUGCGUAAAGUCGCAAUCCGGGUGAAUAUCGACGUUUGUGGCUGCAUAGAUCUACCGAGACGUGCGUCUAAUAGUUCGGUGGAAAACCAAUCGCGACAUCACGGUUUAAUUAGUGCAACUAAAAAGUGCCAUUAUGGAAAGCAACGAUGAAGCAGCUCCAAAGUUGACUCAGAUCAAAUACGAGAAGACGUCGUGCUACUUUUGUAACGAAUGGCUUGACACGCAGAGCUUCAAGGAACACAUCAUUCAUUGUGGGCAGGUACUCGAGAAAUGUCCCCACUCUUGCAGCUCCUAUGUUCCACGAAAAAGAAUGAAUUCACACCUGAAAACUUGCCCCAAAGUGCGAAGUGGUGCGACGAACGGUGAAACGAAGCCUGACUUGACUGAAUAUGAGAAUCGGAUACUUAUCCUCGAACAGGAUAUCUCAGCACUGAGAUCGGUUCUUAAUGAGGAAAUCAAGCAGAGGUUGCAUCUGAUCACCGAUGUUGGCAGUCUGAGGAAGCAUAAUCAGAUUUCAGAAGAGUGGACGCAGAAGGUAGGCGAUGUGUUAAGCGCCCUCAAGAAAUGCAUCAAUGAGGAGAGAGCAGCAAGAUGUUCUGAAUUAAAGAAGUUCGGUGAGGACAUGCAGAAUAUAUAUCACCAGUUGCAGCAAAUCCAUAAUUGGCAAAUGGCAACAUCAGGCCGCAUAGAUCAAAUUCACAAUAAACUCAUUGAAGAGGAGAAUGUUCGAGAACAAAUCAUAAGCACGAUUGAAAAUAAAUCUAAAUUCUCGGAGAACUCAGUUUUUACUUUAACGGAAGAAAUGGAGGAACUUCAACAACAACUAUCAAAAAUGUCCGUGAAAGCAUCGCAGUCAGCCGAACAAAUUUCAAUGGAAAUCCUACGAUUCGAAGAAUUGCUUAAAGAAAGGGAAGAACAGGAAAGGACAAUGCAACAGGACCUCCAGACUGCCUUUGAGACUAUCCAACUUGACCUUCAGUCGAAAUUCGUAUCGAAUUCUGAAUUAAGUACAAAACAAACAACUCUCGAUUACGAGGUGAAAAGCAUGAAAAACAUUGUUUGCAACACAGAAGACAGAUGUGAUAAACUUGGAAAAGUAGUGGAGGAAGCAGACCGAACAAUCCACGGCACCAAGCAAGCACUAGCCGACUUAGAGGUUCACCUCCUCUACCAGAAUAAAUUGCUGGGAAUCCACAACACGAGAGGUCAUUUGAUAUGGAGAAUUGAUGACUAUUCAGGAAAGUUGCUUGACGCAAAGGAGCAUGAGACUUGCCUGCAGAGUCCGAUGUUCUGCAACAAGCAAUAUGGCUACACACUUAGACUGGAUGUUCAUCUGAAUGGGAUUGGAAAUUGGAAAGGACGAAACGUGAUUGCGUGUCUGAAUGUGGUGCCGGGCGAAUAUGAUACUUUACUGCCGUGGCCGUGUAAGCUCGAAGCGGACAUUAUUCUUAAGGAUCAGCCGCCGGACUUGAGUCAGGCACAAGAUUAUCUGCGGAAUUUAAUUGUUAAGAAAAAGAAUGAGGAGUAUGACAUUAACCAGUAUAUUCAUAUCCCGCAUAAAAUUAUUUCGAGUCGAAACUACCUGCGGAAUAAUGCUAUCAUUUUGGAGGUGAGGGUGCACAAGGUGCGAGGUGGAAGCUAGGUUUUGAUUUGUUAGUUAAUGUAACUGAUAAAUAUAUAUAUAUCGGUUCUA